AUGAAAAAUAAACAAUUAUUAAAAAUAAAAGAAAAUAAAAAAUCAAAUAAAUUCUGGUUAGAAGAGUCUGAACUCGAGGAUGAUUUAGAAAUUAAAAAUAAAAAAUCAAAUAAAUUCUGGUUAGAAGAGUCUGAAAUCGAAGAUGAUUUAGAAAUUGAAAGUGAUAGUUUUUUUUUUCCAAAAACAAGAUCAUUGAAAAGAAAAAAGGAAAAGAGUAAUGAAAACGAUAAUCUUCCAAAAUUCAGUCCAGAUAAGCCAUAUUAUGAAAUUUUUGUUGAUGAAGUAGUCACUAAAACCAUUUAUGUAACUGAUUAUGACAUUUGCUAUUGCGAUAAAAAUAAAAAAAACUACUAUAAAAUUCCCCUUACUCUUGAAAAUUUUUCAAUAAUAGAUCUGUUUGAUGCACCUGAUGAGGAAGUAGUACUAAAGCCACCCAAACCAACAAUUCUAGUAUCACCAUCAACUGAUAAUAAUAACGACCAGGAUAUUACAAAAAAAGAAGAUCCUAAAAAUUAA